AUGGCUGUCAGGAUUGCGAGAUUCCUUGGUCUUUCCACCGUCGCCUAUCUUGCUUUGGCGAAUGGGAUCGACGCCCGCGACACCAUCUCUCGCGAUGUAAUCAUCCUUGGUGGUGGCAGUUCGGGAACAUAUGCCGCGAUUCGUCUUAGGGAUCAAGGCAAGACCGUCGCUGUCGUUGAACGCAACAACUAUCUCGGCGGUCACGGCGAAACCUACUACACCGAAGAUAAUACGCCUCUGAACUUCGGUGUAGAGGGAUUUUUCAACACGACCGUGACUCGGAACUAUCUUGAACGACUUCAGGUGCCCUAUGGGCGCCGCGACCCUGCUCCCGCGCACGAGGACUACGUGAACCUCAACACAGGGCAAAGAACAGAAUACACUCCAGGCCAGCUUCAGGACAGGGAGGCAUUCGCGAAAUGGGUCGACGCCAUCUCUCAGUUCGGGUUCUUAGAUGACGGCGUCUACCGAAUCCCAGAGCCGGUGCCAGAGGACCUCAUCAGUCCGUUCGCGGACUUCGUGAAGAAGUACCAUCUCGAGGAUGCCGUGUACGCUCUCUUCUCUCACACAUCUGGCGAUGUCCUGGAAAUGAUUACCCUCUACGUCAUUCAGUACAUCGGAGUUCCCCAUGCCGCUGCCUUGAAUGAGGGCUACGUCCGUCCCAUCGAGGGAAUUGCCGCCCUGUACAAGAGCGCUGGCAAAGAACUUGGUAGUGACGUUCUCUUGGAAACGACCCCUGAGGCCGUUCAGCGAUUCGAGGAUGGUGUUGAAGUCAUCGUGCGCAGUGCUGAUGGGACCAAGACUCUCCUUAAGGGCAAGCAACUGCUAGUCACCAUUCCGCCCCUGCUGGAAAACCUCCACGGCUUUCCACUCAGCGACCAAGAAUCCCGCCUUUUCUCAAAGUGGCAAUAUCACCAGUACUGGGCAGCGCUGGUCAAUGACACCGGUCUGCCGGACGAUGUGAACAUCGUAAACGUCGACACAGAGCGCCUAUACGGUGUUCCCGAGGAGCCAUUCAUCUGGCGCCUGGAUAACCAUUGGGCCCCCGGCUACCACAAUAUUAAGCUGGUUGGUGGAUCUGAAUUCGGAGAAGACGAGGCGAAGGCGUACAUGUAUGAGAGGCUCGAUCUUCUCCACGCAGAGGGAACAUACGCUACGCACAAGCCUGAGAUUGUCAAGUUCGCGAGCCACACUCCUGUUACCAUGUUUGUUUCAGCGGAGGAAAUCCGUGGAGGGUUCUAUCGGCAGCUGUAUGAGCUCCAAGGGCUGAACAGCACGUUCUGGACGGGCGCCACUUGGGCGUCAGAUUACUCGACCUUGCUGUGGGGGUAUACGGAUGAGGUUCUCGAUCAGAUGGCUUCUUCCUAA